AUGGCGGAGACACCGAACCCAUUCCUACUUGCUGCAGACAAUAGCCCCGCGCUCCUGCCUUUCCUGCGCGAAAAUCUCCAGCUGGCAUCGGCCCAGGACGAGCACGGCUACUCUCUCCUACACGCUGCCGCUAGCUACAAUCAUCUCGACCUGCUGCAAAUCCUCGUACGCGAAUUUCAUGUUGACAUCAACCUGAAAGACGAGGAUGAUGAGACAGCUCUAUUCGUUGUGGAGACUCCUGAGGCUGCCAAGGUUCUUGUUGAAGAACUGUCUAUUGACGUUGGCCAUCGCAGCUCCGAAGGCUUGACGGCAAGGGAGAAGGUGGAAGCCGACGGAGAUUUCCCAGCCGUGGCUUCAUAUCUUGCCUCUGUCGAAUGUAUCAAAUCUGACAACCACGUUCAAUCUGUCGGGGCCAGUCAUGUCCCUGACGCAAUAAACGCCCUCCCUUCGUCCAAGGCUAUAAAAUUCACAGUGGGCACUGUGGACCAGGGUGACGAUGAUAUCAAAGAAGUCGACACUGAGUUUCGCCAGCGUAUAGAAGAGUUUGCUCGACGAGAUGACUUCGCCUCUGAGAGUGGCCAAGCGGACUUGCGCAAACUUGUCGAAGCCAUUAUGGGACCGACCAGGGGCGAUGGAUGCUAG